AUGGUGUACUCUUCAAGCGGGGGAUUGCGGUCUUUCGUGGCGCUUGCAGCAAUGUAUGCACUAUCGACUGGCGGAGUCCUGGCAGUGCGUGCCGAGGCCAGCGACGUCGACUCAGCUUCUGGAUCGGUUGCGGCUGAGUUGCUGCAGGAGUGCGGAGUUUCGGACGGAGACAAGAGCUUUGGCAUCCAAGUGAUUACCGACCCGGCGUGUGCUGGUGGUGGUCUUGGCUGCUACAAUGACCACUGCCGGUACUGCAAAGUGCUCGAUACUCUGAAGUCGGCCCACCUCGAGAGCUGCGAGUCGCUUGGUGCUUCUUUCCCCACCAUGACACCUCUGGCUGUUUCGCAAGGCCCCUGUAAUGUUUCCAGUGGUGACGCUGUGGUCGGAGUUGCUGGAAUGACCGAUCCUUCGUGUUUGUAUGGGGGCAUUGGCUGCUUCAGCGACCACUGCAGGUUCUGCCAGAUCGAAACAACGCCACAGUCGUCGCAGUUUGUGUCGUGCUCGUGGGCUUUUGAUUCGACUUCUGGGUCCAGCGACACUGGCGAUGUCGACUUCGUCCUGAAUAACAGUGAUGAGUACCAGCCCGAGGCUUCCCAAACAAUCCUAUCAUCAAGCAACAGCGGAAAUGAAGAGGCCUUCGAGGCGGGAGUUGCUACCCUGUGCACCACAACGGCGGCGGAUGGCGAUUUGGCGGUCGGGAUUAACAUCACCACUGAUGCGAGUUGUGCCAGCGGAGGCGUCGGAUGCAUCGACAGUAUUUGCCGCUUCUGCAAAACGCGGGACACGACUCAGUCAGCGCACCUGAAUGCCUGCCCUGUUGCCACCAAGGUGUGCACAACGACAGUAUCAGCGGGUGACGCUGCGGUCGGUAUCAAUAUCGUCACGGAUACUUCCUGCGCCAACGGUGGAUUGGGAUGCAUCGACAGCGUGUGCCGAUUCUGCCGAGUGACUACAACUGCGCAAUCUGCAACUUACACCGACUGUGCCCUGAUCGGAAGCUCCGCUUCGGCCACGCAGGCACCUGCAGCCACUACGUCGGCUCCAACCACAGCCCCAGUAGCCACCGCCUCAACGCCAGCUCCGACCGCAACGAAGCAAACUUGCAGCCAGACAGUGUCGGAUGGAGAUGCUGCUGUCGGUAUCAACAUCGUCACUGAUUCUAGCUGCGCGAGUGGCGGGUUGGGAUGCAUUGAUCAGUCCGGCCACAGCAGCCCCAACCACUACGCCUGCAGCUACUACGGUAGCGCCAACCACUGCCCCGCUGACAACGGCACCAUCGACUUCGGCUCCGGCAACGGCAGCUCCUGCAACAACAGCCCCGGCAACGACAGCUCCGGCAGCGACAUCGGCACCAUCUACUACCACUUCUAUUGUGUCGGUCUGGACAUCGUCUCGGAUAUUCGCUGCAGUGACGGUGGAACUGGAUGCUUGGAUGACGUCUGCCGUUUCUGCAAGCGCUUUGACACAGUUCAAUCGCAGACGUACAUCAAUUGCUCCAGCAUCCCGCCAUCAAAUAUCGGCGCUGACAUCACUUUCGUACCGAUCCCAGUUGUGAGUGAUUCCGAUGCGCCAACUAGACUGCUUCUUUCAAGCAGCGCCGAUAGUCUGGAGGCAACAAGUGCAAGUUCCUGCACUACGACGGUCUCCGCUGGAGAUGCUGCAGUUGACAACGGAUACUAUUCAGUCAGCGCAUUUGACCAGCUGCCCUACCAGUUCAACAACAGCAACAGCUUCGACCUCAACGCCAACUCCAACGCCCACUACAUCUUCGGCGUCCAAGACUUGUACGUCAACCGUGCUCUGCAAGACGAAGACGACGGACCAGUCAGCGCAUUUGGGGAGCUGCUCGGACUACUCGCCAACUUCUACCCCUACACCAACAGCAACGGCGCCUACUACUACGCCUGCCGCGACUGCAACCGCUUCCCCUACUGGUGCGCCUACUACCGCCCCAGUAUCGACGGUUGCGUGGACAGCAUUUGCCGCUUCUGCAAGCGGUUCGAGACGACGCAGUCGCACUCAUACAUGAACUGUUCCGAUAUUCCUUCGACCGACAACGGCGCUGACAUCAAUUUCAAGGCGAUCCCUGCCGUUGAAGACACGCUGGAGACAGCGUCAUCGGAGAUGAUUGUUGCGGUUCAUGAGGCAACGGAGUUUUCGCCAGAUGUAGAGGAAGCUUGUUCUAACGUAUCACUGGCGGAUGGUCAAGCGGCUGGAGGAAUCGGCGUUGUACUCGACACGCUUCACUGCCCUGAAGGACUUGCGCCGGGGUGUAUCGGCGACUCCGGCUGCCGAUACUGCAUGAGGUUCCCCACCAACAUCUCCGACUACCUGGAUUAUUGCGAGAUUGUCAAUACCUCUAGUGUGGCUUAUGCCUUGUCCGGCGAAGGUAUCACUUCAGCUGAUGAGGGUAGCUCGUUUUCAGUCGAGGAGAGGCGUAUGCUGUUGGCUGAAUCGGGUGGCAGCAUCUCGGCCGAAGAUAAUGCACAGACGUCAGACCGCGCUAAACUGUUCGAUAGCGGAACUGCCGGGUAUGCUGUCGGUGCAGUGGUCUGUGCUGGUGUCGCGGUAGUAGUGGGAUUGGUAGCAUUCGGCAUGAAGCGCACUGUCAAGACGCUUAAGCGUACCAACAAACCCAGAGUGGAUCCGGGCCAAGUCGACGAGAAUCGGCCCAGCGUCUUGGUCGCUUCUAACAUUGGUGAGCCUGGCAUUAUCAGUGAUGUGUAG